CCCCGUCCCCCCCCACAGGCCGGGCCAUGGCGGGCCCCGGGGCCGCUCCGCCGGGCUCGGGGGCUCCGAGCGGGCCGUGGGGCGGGGGCGGCCCGUGCUGGCUGUGGGCGCUGGCGUUGGGCCUGGCUCUCGGUCCCCGCCGUUGCCCCGCUGCUCCCCUCAACGCUUCGGUCUCUCCUCCCGAGCGCUGCCGGCGGCCCGCGGCCUGCGAGCGGCUGCGCUUCGGUUCAUGCCUGGGAUCCGCGUUGCCCUACGCGCACACGUCCACGCUGCUGGCGGCGGACUCGGGAUCGCAGGAGGAGGCGCACGGAAAGUUGCUCCUGUGGUCGGGCCUGCGCAACGCACCGCGCUGCUGGGAUGUGAUCCAGCCACUGCUGUGCGCCGUCUACAUGCCCAAGUGUGAGGAUGGGCAGGUGGAGCUGCCCAGUCAGACCCUGUGCCAGGCCACACGUGCACCCUGCACCAUUGUGGAGCGUGAGCGUGGCUGGCCCGACUUCCUCAAGUGCACUCCUGACCGCUUCCCUGAGGGCUGCCCGAACGAGGUACAGAACAUCAAGUUCAACAGCUCAGGGCAGUGUGAGGCGCCACUGGUGCGCACAGACAACCCCAAGAGCUGGUAUGAGGAUGUGGAGGGCUGUGGGAUCCAGUGCCAGAACCCGCUCUUCACCGAGACGGAGCACCGUGAGAUGCACGUCUACAUUGCUGCCUUCAGCUCCGUCACCAUCUUCUGCACCUUCUUCACCCUGGCCACCUUCGUUGCCGACUGGAGGAACUCCAACCGCUACCCCGCCGUCAUCCUCUUCUAUGUCAAUGCCUGCUUCUUUGUGGGCAGCAUCGGCUGGCUGGCACAGUUCAUGGACGGCGCCCGCAAUGAGAUCGUGUGCCGUGCUGAUGGCACCAUGAGGCUGGGGGAGCCCACCUCCAAUGAGACACUCUCCUGCGUCAUCAUCUUUGUCAUCGUCUACUACUCGCUGAUGUCAGGCGUCAUCUGGUUCGUCAUGCUGACCUACGCCUGGCACACGUCCUUCAAGGCGCUGGGCACCACCUACCAGCCGCUGCUUGGCAAGACCUCCUACUUCCACCUCAUCACGUGGUCCAUCCCUUUCGUGCUCACCGUGGCCAUCCUGGCUGUGGCACAGGUGGAUGGUGACUCCGUCAGUGGUAUCUGCUUUGUGGGUUACAAGAACUAUCGCUACCGUGCUGGCUUUGUCCUGGCACCCAUCGGACUCGUCCUCAUCGUUGGGGGCUAUUUCCUCAUCCAGGGGGUCAUGACGCUUUUCUCCAUCAAGAGCAACCACCCUGGGCUGCUGAGCGAGAAGGCGGCCAGCAAGAUCAAUGAGACCAUGCUGCGGCUGGGCAUCUUUGGGUUCUUGGCCUUUGGCUUUGUCUUCAUCACUUUUGGCUGCCACUUCUAUGACUUCUUUAACCAGGCAGAGUGGGAGCGAAGCUUUCGGGAAUAUGUCCUGUGUGAGGCCAACGUGACCAUCGCCACGCAGACCAACAAACCCAUCCCAGAGUGUGUGAUCAAGAACCGGCCGAGUCUCCUGGUGGAGAAGAUCAACCUCUUUGCCAUGUUUGGCACUGGCAUCUCCAUGAGCACCUGGGUCUGGACCAAGGCCACCCUGCUCAUCUGGAAGCGCACCUGGUGCAGGCUGACGGGGCAGAGUGACGACCAGCCCAAGAGGAUCAAGAAGAGCAAGAUGAUUGCCAAAGCUUUCUCCAAGCGCAAGGAGCUGCUUCGUGACCCGGGCCGGGAGCUGUCCUUCAGUAUGCACACCGUCUCUCAUGACGGCCCUGUGGCUGGUUUGGCAUUUGACAUCAAUGAGCCAUCAGCCGAUGUGUCAUCUGCGUGGGCUCAGCAUGUCACCAAGAUGGUGGCCAGGAGGGGGGCUAUCCUGCCCCAGGACGUCUCUGUCACACCAGUGGCAACACCUGUGCCACCAGAGGAGCGGAGCAACCUUUGGGUGGUGGAGGCCGACGUCUCCCCAGAGCUGCAGAAGCGCAGCCGCAAGAAGAAGCGGAGGAAGAAGAAGAAGGAGGUGGUGUGCCCAGAACACCGCACCGGGCUCUCUGUGGCCCCCCCAGCCCCCAGCUCAGUGCCUCGCCUGCCCCGGCUGCCCCAGCAGCCCUGCUUGGUGGCCAUCCCCCGCCGUAGAGGGGACACCUUCAUCCCCGCUGUCCUCCCUAAUGGUGCUGGGGGGUUGUGGGAUGGUCGGCGCCGAGCCCACAUCCCCCACCUCAUCACCAACCCCUUCUGCCCCGAAAAUGGUUCCCCAGAAGAUGAGGAGAGCCCCGGCCCCAGCGUCGGGCACCAGCAGCACAACGGGGGCCCUCGAUGGCCCCCUGAGCCCCUUCCUGGUGGCAGCGGGGUGACGAGGACUCGGGGUAGACGCGCCGGUUUGGCUCCCAUCCACUCCCGGACCAACCUGAUGAACGCGGAGCUGCUGGAUGCCGACUCAGACUUCUGAGCCCUGCAGGGACCAGCAGAGCCCCAAGGGGACGAUGGAGCUCACCCAACACUGGGACUAAGCCCAGCAUCAUCAUCCACAUGGGUUCAAUACUCAUCCCAACCCAUAACGGGAUUUGAGGAUGGGAAGAGAGGAAAACUGGUGGGGCAGCACCCCCUGAAGGCGCUAUAAGGAUGUAGGGGUGAGAUGGGGGGGACACUCCCUCACACCCAGCGGUGAUAGGCAGCUUAGAGUGUUGAUUUCAGCCCCCACUCAUGGGACUUCACAGCCACCCCACAGCUAGAUGGUACGUAGAGCUUCCCAACACUUUUAUGGUGCCAAUAGGGUUUGGAAACCAUUUUUGUAUACUUUAUAAUGCACCAAGAUACGGCAGCCCAGCAGCAUCUCUUACUCUCUGGGCUCUGCUGCAGGGAUCCCAAAGUGCCUUUCAGAUCCCAAAGGGUGCACCAACCCCCUCCCCCAUCCCCCAAGCAAAGCUUUUUUAAACUGUUUUUUAAAGGAAAAAAAAAAGGAACAAAUUAUUAUCCCAGCCCUGAUGUAGGAGGACACCUGUCCUUGCUGGUGCUUUAUAUCUCCCCUCUUCUUUAGCCCUUUAUUCAAUCCGGUAGGCUCACAGCUUUUUCCCUCUCUUCCCUCCCUUCCACAUCCCCCUCAAGUGACUUCCACGGGUUGAUUUUUGCUGUGUAAAGCAAAACCCUUUCCUGUAUCAGUAUUAAACGUGCCGAGUUUCCAUUUC